AUGAAAGCGGCAGAUUUAUUAACGAAGGCGAUUAGAAUUAAAGUGAGAAAUAAAAGCGCUCAGGGGUAAAAGGGGUACACAGGCUGUUUUGGACGAUGAAGAUGGAGAACAGGAGAGGACGAGGUAACUGCCGUGGAUCACUUAAGGAAGUAAACAUGAAGAAUCGAGACACCACAGAGACUGGAGGAGACGUCCAUGAAAGCAGGAACGGAAGUGUGGAGCUGAAAGGGAGGUUACGUCUGAGGAAGAAAGCUGAGCAGCUGAAAGUGAACCUGAUUCAGCACUUUGACUCUCAGCUGAACGACUUUGUGGAGUCUCUGAUAGACGAAACUCACACACUGGACUCUUCAUCACCGUCCUCUUCAUCACAGCCUCCUACAGACACUGAGAGAACUGAGUUCAGGUCUUCUCAGGCUCAGAGUAAACAGUUUGUGGUGCGUCGCUCCUUGUUAGACGAGCUGUUUGAGGUGAAUCACAUCCGUACGAUUUAUCACAUGUUUAUCGCCCUCCUCAUCCUCUUCAUCCUCAGUACAUUAGUUGUAGACUUCAUUGAUGAGGGACGGUUGGUGUUGGAUUUUGACCUGCUGGUGUUUGCGUUUGGUCAGUUUCCCCUCGUCGUCGUCUCGUGGCUCUGCAUGUUCCUCUCGGCGCUCGUCGUUCCGUUCGCACUUCUCCGUUGGUGGGCUGCUUCUUAUUCUUCAUCACACCACCCAAACUUCUACUCACUUAUCGCUGUGACGUUCCUGCUGCUCUACCAAAGCCUCGCACUCGGCUUCCUGCCUACUUACAUAGUGCUGAAAAACAGCCUUCCUCCUGCUUCCUGCUUCAUCCUCAUUCUCGAGCAGGUGCGUCUGAUGAUGAAGGUUCAUUCCUUCGUUAGGGAGAACGUGUCCCGCUUGUGGUCUUCAGGCAAAGGAAGCUCAGCUUCAGUGGCCGAGCCUCAUCUGAGCUCCUACCUUUACUUCCUCUUUGCACCCACUCUGAUCUACAGAGACAGUUAUCCAAGAAAUCCGUGUGUUCGAUGGAGUUAUGUGACCACCCAAUUUUUACAGGUUCUUGGAUGUUUAUUCUACGCCUAUUACGUGUUUGUGCGUCUCUGCAUCCCCCAGUUUCACAGUGUAAACAUGCAGCUGUUCAACCUCAGAGUGAUGGUGCUCUGUAUCUUCAACUCCAUAUUGCCAGGAGCACUGAUUCUCUUCUUGGCCUUCUUUGCCUUUUUACACUGCUGGCUCAAUGCGUUUGCUGAAAUGCUGCGUUUUGGAGACCGAAUGUUUUAUAGGGACUGGUGGAAUUCAACGUCAUUUGCCAAUUAUUACCGCACGUGGAACGUGGUAGUGCACGACUGGCUUUACAGCUACGUGUAUCGGGACUUCCUGUGGCUGACUCAGAAACGUUUCCGUGCGACCGCCAUGUUUGUUGUUUUCACCGUCUCGGCCGUGGUUCACGAGUACGUGCUGGCCGUGUGUUUCGGGUUCUUCUACCCCGUCCUCUUCUGCCUCUUCAUGUGCUUUGGAAUGAUGUUUAACUUCAUCCUGCACGACCGGAGGACCGGAGCUGUGUGGAACAUCAUCGUGUGGACUGCUCUGUUUCUGGGUCUCGCGGUUCUGCUGUGCCUUUACUCUCAGGAGUGGUAUGCACAGAAAUACUGCCCCCUAGAGGAGCCUUCUUUUGUUGACUUGCUGAAGCCGAGAUCGUGGACCUGCUCUGUCCGUAGCAGCCGCGCCGCAGGAGACGCCUGAGCUUCUGACACUCUGUCGGAGAUUUUUGCACUAUAGUCACAAGCGCUUUGAGUGACAAUCAGUUUUAACAGAAGGGCAUUGGGUUGGGAUUAAAUAUUUUAAUACAUGUCUAUAUUUAAAGACGCUCCGCACCGAUACGAGGUCCGUUUCAGUGUUGAAUUGAUUUUUACUGCAUUGCUUUUGUUCUGAUAUUUGAGGUGAAAGCUGACACCAUUUCACGUGUGAUUAUUGUGCAGUUCGUGUCUUCAGCCCAGGAGAUUAGUCUGAAACACAGGCUUUUGUUAGGCUUUACAGAGACCUUUACACCAUGAAGACUCUCCUAAAGGGUUCCUGAAGAGUUCUUGGAGGCUUCAGCUUUUCAGCUUCAGUGUAUUUCUGAAACACCGUAGGAGUUUUGGAUCCUCGUGACCUUGAUGUUGUAUAAAUGUGCACAGUAGUGAACGUGGAGCCACCACGAUGUGAGAGAAGGUUCAGCACUUUGAUUUAUUAACAUUAGGACCCGGCUUCUGCUCAGGGAUCUUAACGUAAAUAGUUUUAUUGUUUUUAAUUCUCCAGAACGUGAUGAUUAUGGAGCUCUUAUGAGGAAUCAUUCGAACUCUGUUCUGAUUAUGAGUUUGAACUCUGGACCAGAAGCAGACUGUGGUGCUCGUGCUGGACCCGAGCUCCAGAGUUUAUACUGUAAGAGUAAAAGGUGUAAAAGUUUCUCUAACUCAUCAUGUAGAGAAAUAAAGUUUGUAAAGCACCAAGAAUUGUUUUUAUAUCUCAGAAAUCUAAUCAUCAGUGACGUUAAAGGAUCCUGGUAAUGAUCUGAUAAAGUCGCUGAGUGAAACUCGUCUAACUCAAUAAGAUGGUUUUUAACUCACACUUAACAGCUUCAGUUCCAGCUGAAGGCAUCUGAUGCAUGUUUAUAUAAAAGGUCCUUUACUCUUUCUAAUAAAACUACAUCUGAUUCAAAUAUCAGAAAAUAAAGCAGCUGAAUCAC